AUGGGAUUCUUGAUAGAUGAUAACGAGUAUGUUUCUGCUAUUAAGGAAGUCACCGAGUUAGCAUCAGCUGCACAGCUAAGGAGGCUUUUUGUGAUGUUGCUGUUAUCUGGUUCCAUGGGAAGACCUCUGUCAGUUUGGGAGCAAACUUGGACUUAUUUGUCUGAUGAUAUUCUUUACCUCAGAAGACACGAGCUGAAAUAUCCUGAUCUAACUAUGAGUCAAGACGAGUUACAAAUGUUUUGUUUGUUGGAGAUUGAGAGGCUAUUGCAGAGUAAUGGAAAAUCAUUGAGAAAUUAUGCUGGCAUGCCGGUUCCUAAUAACUCUUCAGUCUCUCAAUUAAGCAAUUUGAUGCUGCUGCGUGAGUUGCAGUAUGAUACUGUUUCUUUGUCUCGUGAGCACGAUGCAAAUAUCUUAAAGUUAAAUGAAGAACAGAGGGUGGUCUACGAUAAAAUUAUUGACUGUGUUUCGAAUAAGAGGGAUGGAUUCUUUUUUGUGUACGGGUUUGGUGGCACUGGAAAAACUUUUUUAUACAAAGUUUUGUCAGCUAGAUUGCGAUCUGAGAAAAAGAUUGUUAUAAAUGUUGCUUCUAGUGGUAUUGCUUCUCUAUUGUUACCUGGUGGUAUGACGGCGCAUUCUAUGUUCAAUAUUCCUGUUGACCUGACUGAAGACAUUGUUUGCCGGAUUAAGAAGGACAGUCCAAAAGCUGAGGUAUUUCGAUUGGCUGAUUUGAUUAUUUGGGAUGAGGCACCGAUGACUAACAAAUUAGCAUUUGAAGCGCUUGAUAGGACGUUGCGUGAUAUAAUGGUUUCAGUCUCUAAUAGGAAUAAAGAUUUACCUUUUGGUGGGAAGGUGGUCGUUCUGGGUGGUGAUUUCAGGCAGGUCUUGCCAGUUAUUCCAAAAGGUUUGCGUGAUGAGAUUGUCAUGGCUUCCAUAAAUUCUUCUAUCAUUUGGAAAUAUUGCGAAGUUUUGCGAUUGACAAAAAAUAUGAGGUUAGCAAUCGGAUCGGAACAAUCAACUGCUCAGGAGUUAAGGUUGUUUUCAAAUUGGAUACUUCAAAUCAGUGAAGGUCGAUGUGGAACAGUGGUCAAUGAUAAACUUUUUGUUGAUAUUCCUAUCUAA